GAGGAGGCAUGUAAGGAAGUGGAUAGAAUGAGAUAUAUAAUGUAUGUGUGAUGAUGUGGUUGCCAUAAAAUCAAAAUAAAACUGAAAAAUCCAACUGCUGUUCAUAUUUUGGCCACAGUUCUUGCUUCUAUAGGCCGAGAAAUCCAACAAGAGUGAUUGCUAUUAGGCGUUGCAUAAUCAGAGCAAACCAAAGAGAUGUUGUCUUUGCAACAGUUACCUUGUACUCAGUUAGGGCUGUGUACCAAUGGUCAGUUUAAAAAAGGCGUGCCUUUUGUUGUUAGAGCAGAGCAAGUAUCAACUGCACCUUCUACCACUCUACAAGAUAAAGUUGGGAGGCGUCAAAUGCUUGCCACCGGUGUAACAAUUGCUCCUUGGUUGCUUUUGUCACGCCAAAAAUCAACAGCGUUUGCUGCAGAAAACGUGAAGGGAUUUUUACCGGUCACAGAUAAGACAGAUGGAUACUCGUUUUUGUAUCCCUUUGGAUGGCAGGAAGUUGCUGUUGAAGGACAAGACAAGGUUUUUAAAGAUGUUAUCGAACCUCUAGAAAAUGUGAGCGUUAACGUGUUCCCUACAAACAAAGAGGACAUUCGAGACCUUGGUUCCCCACAAGAGGUUGCCGAAGCGUUAAUUAAAAAGGUUCUUUCUGCCCCAACUCAGAAGACGAAACUACUUACUGCAGCCGAGCAUGAAGUGGAUGGGAAAGCUUAUUACACUUUCGAAUUUGUUGCUCAAGCUCCAAACUUCACUCGCCACGCUCUCAGCACAAUCGCCAUUGGCAACGGGAAGUUCUACACCUUGACAACGGGCGCGAAUGAGAGACGAUGGGGCAAGAUGAAAGACAAACUGAGCAUGGUGGUUGAUUCUUUCAAAAUCUUCAAAGUCUGAAGUGAAUAUUCAUUCUUUGUUUCAACUUCAUGGUUAACACUGCAGGCUAUAUCCAAUUUCCAUAUAUAGUUGAGCAAUUGUAUUAAAAAUUAAAUUUAAAAUUUAAGCAUCUUUUUCUUUAUAUAUCACUUUCGAUUUGUGUUUAAAUAAUAUUUCAUAUUUUCUAAA